CCAUAGGGCGGCAAGGUACUGCACAUAAUUUCCCCUUUUCUCUUCUCUGCUUUCCCUCGGAGCAAUGGUGAUUACUGGGGACAGGUCGGAGAUUGUGUUCUUUGAUUUGGAGACGAUAGUACCGACCCUGCCCGGGCAGGGCCACGCGAUAGUGGAGUUCGGGUCCAUACUAGUUUGCCCCAGGAAGCUCGUUGAGCUGGAUAGUUACUCCACUCUGGUCCGACCCGCUGAUCCUUCUCUCACGUCCAACCUCUCCGUCCGCAGCAAUGGAAUCUGCAAAAGCAACGUUGAGUCUGCGCCCACUUUCGCUGACAUUGCUGACAAGGUCUACGACAUUCUUGAUGGGAGAAUAUGGGCAGGCCACAACAUAAUGAAGUUCGACUGCCCGCGGAUUCGUGAGGCUUUUGCUGGGAUAAGUAGGCCUGCUCCAGAACCUAAGGGAACAAUAGACUCACUUGCCCUGUUGACCCAAAGGUUUGGACGAAGAGCUGGAGAUAUGAAGAUGGCAUCUCUUGCUACUUAUUUUGGUCUUGGGCGACAAACACACAGGAGUUUAGAUGAUGUUCGAAUGAAUCUUGAAGUUCUGAAGUACUGUUCGACUGUACUGUUCUUGGACGGGCCGACGGGGGUAGUAUGACUUAUGAGACAUGCUCUUGAAGAGUCUUGCUUUAAGACUUGAGUCUAGCCUGCCCAACAUUUUCACAGAGAAUAGUUGGAUUUCUCCUAAUGCUACCACGAGAAGCCGUAGUAAAUCUUCUCCACAGGGGACAAGCCUCAGUCCAAGCACUCCCUCAACCGACCUUAAAGAAAAUCUGAUACAUUCAGUGAUAAUUAGGGAAGCUACAGAUCAUGAUGUUUCAUCACAGACAUCUUUAAGUGGAAAGAUAGAGGUUCAAGAUGUUGUUGAAUCCAGUUUUUCUAUGCCAGACCCUUUUAACAUGGGCCGACUUCUUGAUGAAAUCGAAGGAGAACCACUCCAAUCAGAAGAUGACAAAAGUGAUGAUGAAUGUUGUUCUUCUGAUGUGUCAUCCAUAGAAACUAAAAAUGAGCUUCCCAGGGGUCGCUCUGAGUUCUUGGAAUUGAAUAAAAUUUCUAUACCUUAUCUUUCUGUAACCCUUGUUCCAUUUUAUCGUGGAACUCAAAAAAUAAAAGUACUACAUCAUGAUGCUGAGUUGAAGAUUUGUCGUAAAAACUUGAAAGUUCGUUUUGGAAUUAGUACAAAAUUUCUUGAUUAUGCUGGUCGACCACAGAUGAACUUUGUGGUGAACGCAACACACGACCUCUGCCAGAUCCUGGAUGCGAUCAAUACUCGCGCCCAGAAGCUUUCUGUUGAUUCAGGUAGCAGCUCUGAAUGGAGGCCUAUAGUUUCCAGAAAGCCUGGCUAUGAAAUUUUCCCUACUGUCCGAUUUCAGUUACCCGCCAUAUUAAAUGGAGAUAUUAUCUGCUGGGCCACAGAGAUAUAUCACAAGGAAACGUCAACUGCACAAAAGUUGGCAUGCAGCAGAUUUGACAAUGCAGAACUAGAUGCCUUAGUGACUCCAGGAUCUCUUGUGGAUGUCUAUUUCUCAUUGGAUGCAUAUGACUAUUUACAAUUUGCUGGUUUCCGCUUAGUUGCGAAGAAGAUUUUUCUGCACCAGAACAAGAGAUCAUCAGGAGGCUCAAAAGUGUCUAGUUAAACUCUGCAAAAUUCUCAUUUUGCAUCAAGUGCCAUGAAGACAUUUGAUGAUUCUGCACCAUAAGUCUGUGCAAAAUUACCUUUUUGCAUCCAAUCAAACGCCUCCUGAUAACCCUCCAUCCCUUGACUGAUGCGUCAAGUGUCAUGAAGACGUAUAAGAAUGAACUGUCUUCAUGAACUUUGAAUUCCAGAAGUGAUCCAGGUUUAGUUUAUUUCACAGUACUCAAGAACCGGGGCAUAAAUCUAUAGGACUCUUGUGGGUUUCCUCUGAGCUUGUGCAAUUUCUUAUCUACUGCUCUCCAUGCUUUUAUGUAGCCUAUUUAACACCGUACUCAUCUAGCAUAUCUGUCAUUAUAUUUGUUGCAUUAUAUAUGGUAUUGGCAUCCACUAAUUUAGACUCGAUGCAAUCUGCGAUCAAACUAGAUGAUGCAUGCAUUUGUGCUAUUCAUCCAACCUCAAUGCUGCACGUGUGCAUGUUGAUGAACUUUGCAACAACAAAUCUUCUAGAUGUUUUGGUCUUUUUAGAUUGUAU